AUGAGUCUUCUUCAGAGCGAGAGCAGAGUACAGAUACAGAUCAGCUGUGACCGAACUGAGUGGAAGAACAGUCUGAGGGGCCGAGUGUCCUCCAGCUGGUCCUAUGUUGCCAUCCAGAGGAUAGCCAAAGAGCUGGUAAAGUACGGCAUUGAUCUCCGAGACCUCAGUGACCAGCAGUUAAACAGCGUGUCGGCAGCAAUUGGUCAGCUCACCAGAAUGGCCGGUCAGCCUGACCCAGCGCUGAUGGAGAAAGGCAGUUUGAUACAGAAAAAGGCAUCCAUGAUGGAGGGGACCAUGCAGCACUGGAAGGAGGUGGAAUCGAGAGAGAGCAGCGAAUCCCUGAUCCCGGACCCAGAUUCGGCACAGGCCCUGGGCCCUCCGAACACUGCAGCGGCGAGGCACGGUCAGGCCGUGGUGGCGACCACCUUGGUGGGCUCUGGCCCGAGCAAGCCAGACGUCCAGGGGGCGGCCGUGGAGUUGGGCAGGCCCCGUGGGCAGCUCGCCAACGUCCUGGAGGACCUGGGCCAGGACCCCGAGCGGCUGCUGGAGCACAGCGAGGAUCUCCAACCGGGCGGGGGUGCGCGUCCACCACGCAGAGAGGAGUACGCCUACAUCGUCACCAACAAGAAGCCCCUGACUCUGUCCGAUGGGAUUAAGUUGCUGGAGUCCUUGGCUCACCAGCUACACCUCGCGACAGUCAGCUUCAUCAACAUCAGGCAAGUGUCCAAACUGUGCUGA